GGUCUGUCUGGAUUUAUGUGUUUUCAGGUCACUGAGAACAAUAGUGAACAGCACCUCCAUGUGGAUAGAGGCGUCGAUCCUGACUCUCUAACUCGACCCAAGUGGUCAAGGGAGCUGCGGAGGGUCAAGAGAGAACUAAAUGAGGUGGUGGUGUGGAAACUCAAAUUAUGGACAUUGCUACUCUUCAUCUUUAUUGCCAUUGCUCUGGUUAUUGGAAUCUCAAUUAUUUUGUGUGCAGUUAUUCAUGAUGACGAAGAUGAAAAAUAUGACAAAUCCUCAUUUGUGGUGGCACGCUUCUUCAGAGGAAAUUUUACUCUGGAUGCUAACAGCUUCAUUUCAAACUCUCAGGAUGAAGAGACUAUGAGAGAGCUGAAACAGCAGCUGAUAGAAGUCUACAGUUCUUCUCCUGCAUUGGAGCGGUACUUUUACAAUGUCACCAUAAACAAUCUCCAGGACACUGCAGCCCAGUUUAAGCUCCAGUUCAUGAUGCCUUUAGAACAUGAGGAGCUGAUACUCUACACUCUGAGUCUAAAGAUGGUUAAAAAUGUGCUGCUCCAAAACUUGUAUGAUCGAGACACUGCAGCCCCUUUCUAUAUCAAACCAACAUCACUCCACAUGGAAGUUGGGUAGACAUGCCAAACUUUAACUACAAGAUGGAUGUUGUAAAUUGAACCUCUGGUAUCUUCAUCAGAAAACAGAACAUUCCAUGCAUCACUUUAUUUCAUUUGAUUGCCUUCUGGACUCUUUAAAAUAUCUCUUAAUAAUAUUAAUUAUCCACCGUUAAAAAAUAUCUGUUUUAUGGGUUCAUUUCUAAAUAUAAUUGCGGUAAGUUAGUGUUCAUACAGUUUGUUUUAUAUAGAGGGUUCCCAUGGGUCCUUGAAAUCCUUGAUAGUUUGUGAAUCUGAAACAUUUUUGUUGCGGCCCUGGAAAGUUUUUAAAAAUAAAUAUACUUUGAUGCAGGUCCUUGAAA